ACCUACUCCCUCAUCUCCAAACGUUCAUGACCCAAUGACAUGGCCUACCAUAGACUGGUGGAGCUCUGCCUGUACGGUUGACAGUGGUCACUGGCUAUCCAGAAUUUGAGUAAGGGUUAUCGCAGUGACAAGAUUACGCAAAGAAUCGGUUUUGUCUGACUUUGCAAGAAACGGCUCUACCUAUCAAAGAUCAGCAUGGUAGAUGUUGUGUUCCUAUGCAUUGGUUGUGUUGUCGUCCUUUGUGUCAUACAACUACUUCGACUGAUCACUGCUGACUGUGACCUGGUGCUACAAUGGGCAUCAAAAUUUGGAAAAUCUCCAAAGCGCCUGAGAGGUAAAGUGGUGUGGGUGACUGGGGCCUCCAGCGGUAUCGGGGAGUCCCUCGUUUACGAGCUGGCAUCUGUUGGAUGUCGUCUGGUGCUGUCUGCCCGUCGAGAAGAGGAGUUGAACAGAGUAAAGAAGCAAUGUCUGACAUGUGGCCCGCUUCAAGACAAUGACAUCAUGGUGGUGCCAUUGGACAUGGUCAAGCAACAUGAACAUGCAGACGCUGUCAAGAAAGUCCUCCAGCAUUUUAAACAGAUAGACAUUCUGGUGAACAACGCUGGCCGCUCACAGAGAGCUGAAUGGGUCAAAACAUCCGUUGUCGUUGAUCGUGAGAUGCUGGAAACCAAUGUCCUGGGACCCUUAUCACUGACUAAAGCUGUCCUUCCCGACAUGAUAGCUCGGAGAGACGGUCACAUUGUGGUCAUGAGUAGUGUUGCUGGGAAAGUAGGGGGGCUGUUGCCAGGAUCGUACACAGGGACUAAGUAUGCACUCCACGGCUGGUUUGAACGUUUGCGGAUUGAGCAGUAUUCCGACAACAUCAACGUGACGAUGGUCUGUCCUGGGCCAGUCUAUUCCAACCUACUAGCUAUUGCCAUGACUGAGGAGAAAGGAAAGGUCGUGGGAGGUGAGAUGGAUGCAGGAGAGAAGAGGAUGGCGACGUCCCGGUGUGCUAGUCUCACAGCAGUCGCCAUCGCCAAUCAACUGGAUGAGGUGUGGAUUUCGUUUCAUCCGGUACUGGCCUAUACUUAUGUGUAUCAGUACCUGCCUUCCAUCGCAAGAAGCCAGGCCUGUAAAAGGGGUAUAUUCCAAUUCAGGAAGAGCAGAGAGGGUCAGUAGAGCUACCUGCGAUGCCAGCUCGACAUUUGACAGGAUAGUCCACUGACCACACAUCUGUGAAGUUAAACCCUGAAACCAUUCCAGUGAAAUGGCCAAGAUUUCUGAAUGACUGUUAAAGAGACAAUGUCCCUAUUUAUAGCUCUGUUUCUGAAUCCAGUGGUGUGGUAAUGAUGGUUUUCAGUUCUCAUGUAUUUAAACAGGAUGUACAUACUAUAUAUUACUGUAUAACCAAGCUUGUUCCCCCAUGUAUUGACAGAUGUCAGUACUUUCAUUUGGAGAAUCUGUUAAACUCUGGGCACCGAAGUGUAAUGCUUCUCAAACAAGAGUGGAAUAGGAUGAUGUCUAAUGUUUAUUGUAACUGAUUUGUUGAUGGGGAACUUUGUGUCAUAUUCACAAGAUGAUGAUGUGACUGUAGAUCUCAUCACCAUGGUGACCCCGCCAUGAGAUUACUGAGAUGAAUAUUGCUGGAAGUAUUGUAAAACCAUACUCACUUAACCAAUAUCUAAAACAUGUUUCUAUUAGUUCACUACUCACAUUCACUUAAUAACUUCUAAAACUGCUUCAUGCUUGUCAUUCAGACUCCAUUCACUAUGUAAACGCUCAUGGGGCUACAUUAUCUCAACCUUUUGGAUCAGCAUGCUCUCAAAUCUCAUUCUCUUCCUCAUGGAGAGGAUAAAAGCAUUCGGAUAUGAAGUGCUAGAUGGUUAACAAUCACAUUACAAUCUUAUUCUUCCAGGUACCCAUCUACUGUGGAAUGAGCAGCGACAUACUUUGACCAAAGUCUCUGCUGAGAAGCUGUCAGACUGCUGUGUAUUAUAUGCAACUGUAAAAGAAAUAAAACAAAUUGAAAAUUUAUAGAAAA